AGGGAGCUUCUCACCCAGCACAGCUGCGCCCUCAGAGCUGCGAUCCCGCUCACCGCCCCUCAGCCCUGGCCACCAUGGUCCUGGCCGCGGUCCUGCUCUUGCUCCUUUUGGUUGAACAAGCAGAGGCCCUGGGAGAGCCGCAGCUCUGCUACAUCCUGGACGCCGUCCUGUUCCUCUAUGGCAUCAUCCUCACCCUGCUCUACUGCCGACUCAAGAUCCAGGUGCGAAAGGCAGCGGUGUCCUAUCAGAAGUCAGAAGGCAUUUACACGGGCCUGAGCCCCCGGAGCCAGGAGAUGUACGAAACCCUGAAGCAUGAGAAACCACCACAGUGACUGCAGGACAGAGGCCCCGGGUCUUGCCCCCUCCUGCUCCCGUCCCGGCCCCAGCCCCGCCCUCGGCACCGCACGUGCCUCCGCCACUGACGCCCUUGGGCCUACCCCCGAGAUGACGCUGUGCCCCCACGGACGGACCCACGGGUUCGUCCUCCCUGCCCAAGGCCUGUGGUCAGAUGCUGCUCGUUGAUGUUCAUAUUCUAGUCUCCCCCCCGACUGCACCCCCCCGCCCCGCCCCCAGC